AUGACCUACUCGUCCACCUACAAGCCGCGUCCGUUCACCGACGUCUUCACGGGCGACACCGACAUCAACCGUCGCAAGUGCGGCCGCACUGUGCCCAUGAAGGUGCUCAUCCUUGGCCUCGGUCGCACCGGCACUGCCUCCAUGCGCGCCGCCAUGAAGCAGCUCGGCUACGUGGACACGUACCACAUGAUGAACUGCUCCAUUGAGAACCCGCCCGAUGCCCUCAUGUGGAUGGACGCCCUGUGCGCCAAGUACGACGGCCAGGGCGUCAGGUUCACACGCGCCGACUGGGACCAGCUGCUGGGCGGCGCGCAAGCCGUGUGCGACUGGCCGGCGAUUGCGUUUGCGCGCGAGCUCAUCGAGGCGUACCCCGAGGCCAAGGUGGUGCUCACAAACCGCGACGUCGACUCGUGGCACGCGUCCACGAUGAAAACGGUGUACUGGCGCGUCACGGACCCGGAGCUGCGCUGGCUAUCGCACUUCGACUGGGCCGCCGGCAUGUACUACCCGAUGCUGCGCAAGUUCUUCGACACCUUCUUCGAGGGCGACUUUCCCAACAGGGGCAAGGACGUGUUCCGCAGGCACUACGCCGAGGUGCGCAGCCUGGUGCCCAAGGAGCGGCUGCUUGAGUACCGCGUCACGGACGGCUGGGGCCCGCUGUGCGAGUUUCUCGGCGAGCCGGUGCCCAAGGGGUGCGCGUUCCCCAACGUCAAUGACAACUCGGACUUUGUGACGCGGUCGCGUCGUCGGAACAGGAGCCAGAUGUACAACGUGGCGCUGCGGUACCUGGUGUGGAUGGUGGUUGGGCUGCUCAUGUUUGUGGCUCUCCGGCGGCUGCUGGUCAUGUACCAGCUCGUCUAA